AUGGUAAAAAUAAAGGUCCAAAUCAUACUUAUAGUCAUGAAUAAAACAGUCAAAAGAGCUGAAAGUACAGUACGCGAAGCUUUAUUUGGUGUUGUAAUGGCUUCCUACAUUGGAUUUAUAUUUAGAUGGAAGCCUUAUAAUUAUCCAAGAUUUUGUUGAUGGCAAGCAUUAAGCUUAAUAGGUGUAUUAUGACUUUCUGUGCUUUCAACAAUCUCAUCUAACGUUGAAGGAGGCUAUUUAAUUUAA